CUUCUUGUCGCCCCUGAUGAUAUAAGCACUCAUAUAUAACUACAUUCACAGAUAGUAGGAUAGCCAGUGUGUCACACUUCCGCCAGAUUAGCGGCACUCUUUCUGACAAAAGCUUCUUCAAAGCGUGCGGCAGACGCUAAUGCAAGUCACGCCGCCCAUUCACUGACACGCAUCCUCAGCACAGUAGCUUCAUUGCAUUCAUCCAAAAAAGAUAGUGACCAGAAGAUAAUGACCGGAUGACUUCUAUACAAUCAGAGGACGACUCAGUCCAGCAGGAUGAUCAAGAAAUUGCAUGGACACACAAACGAUCACCGCAUGAGAUAUUCUUGGAGAGAUUCAAAUCCGCAGAAGAUCACUUCUCCUCCACCAAAGCAGAGAAUGGAAGUACGAAUAGAAGGAAACGACAGCGUAUAGCGCCCAUUGCAGAGGAUGAGAAUGUGCACGAUGAGGGAUCAAGGAGGACUAUGGAGCGAGCAAAGAGGGUUGGAGCAUCAUAUCCGCUCACCGAAGAGGGGAUCGGAAAGGUAAAGAACAGCAAAAGAACUCGCAAAACGCUAGACAUGGAUGAUUCGAUCGCUUAUAUUCCGCAUACGUCCAUCUUUCUUCCUCCUUCUCGCCAAGGCAAGACUGUCACCCAAACUCGCAGAGCACGCAAAGAAGAUGAUGAGACCGAUCAACAGGAUGAACAGAACUCAGCACGUGUAGCCCAAUUGAAAGCUCGUAAUGAGAAGGAGAUUGCAGAUAUUCAUGCAAAGAUGCCAGACGAUUCAUUAUUGGAAGUUUUGCAGUAUUUCUCCUCACAUUACUACAGGGAACUUCAAGAGCUGGAAGAUUCUGACGAUGAGGAUCAGGAAACACCUUCAACGCGAUUUGGGAUGUUGCAAGCAUGUGAAGGAAAUGCACUGGUUGCAAUCGCAAUCUAUCUAGAGGAAAUUGUCAAAUCAGAACUCGAUGGAAGAUCCCUGAUACAAGAGUCAACAUCAGCUUCACCUCCCAAAGCAGCCUUUGACCGACUCAGCGACCUAAGAAGAAAAGAAGCGGGCGCCAAAAUCAGUCAACUAAUGUGGAAGGGAAAGAGCAAAUCAUAAUCCCACACACAUUCUCACACUUGUAUUUGUAUCGUAUCAAUAUGUAUUACAAAAGGUAUCACUUAUAAAUGUACAUGAAUGUCAGGCAUUCUUCUUUUUUUUGCGGGAUCAUUGAAUUUCAUUCCUUG